AUGGGGAAGAGGUGCUCAGACUGCGUGCUGCCGUCCAGUGUUCUGGCGCAGAGCGUUAUGCCGUUCCUUGUCCCCCCCACAAUCCACUGGCGGGUCUCUGCAACAGACUUCAAGCGCCAGGGUGGGGCGACGAACCGGCAGAAGCCACAGUGGUCUCAGGUUAUAUCUGCAGAGCUAUACCGCCUUGGACGCGAGGUUCCACCUUUUGAGAUAUUUGCCAAGCAGGUCUCAGUGGAUGACAGCUGCAUCGUAGUUAUGUAUGCGAUUCGCCACACGAGCCUGGACGGGGACUGGAACAUGACACGCUCGCAGCUGCAGCUCGUACCAACUCAUCGCAGGAUAGUGUCAUCCGGUGUCAUCACAAUUGAGGGAUCGGUGGGUAAGACUCGUGGCAGCACCGAUCUCUGGGCUUCAGAUAUUCGCCUCUGCCGGAACAAGCUUGGAACUGUACGUGGCAUCUUCACUACUAUCGACUCCAUCGGCCAGGGCAAAAGGUUCAAGUGGUACACGUUCCCCCAGUUUGAAGGGCACUUCCUGGACCCGGAUUCGAUACAUAUUUCUGAGGCACUGGGCCGCCACUGUGUAGAGCUGACCCGGGUGUGCCACAGCAACAAGCCGUGUUGCAGCAAUGACCGUGGCUGA